AAAGGAGCUCUACUUGUCAUCGCGCCCAGACACGUUAGAACAGUCCACAUGAUGAAGUACAUGCUGAUCUUGGUACUGGCAGUCGCCGGAAGCCUCGCCCAGGAAUACGUAGAAUGCGACCCGACCAUUUCUGAGCAGUGUCCUUUGGAUGAUGGAGAGUACCCCGUGUUCUUCCCGGACCCUAACAACUGUGCCGCGUACUGCGAGUGCUCCGGCGGCACCGCCUGGCACCUACUGUGUGCGCCUGGCACGGUCUGGGACAUCGAGAACAAUAUGUGCAACUGGAGUGACCACGUCGACUGCCAGGAUCGUCCAAUCGUCCCUCCUGUCAGCUAAAUGACGUCCAGUGCGAAAACAGGGCAUUGCCUC